AAACACAAUUUUGAGGAAUCUCAUAGAACUUAUUCAUGAGAGUAUCCUAAUCUGUGUUGUUGGAGUAUUAAAUCAGAAUAAUGAAUCUUUAUUGAUCGUCCUUGGAUCUUCUCAGCUAUUACUAUGUGAGGAAGGAGAGUGGCAGUGUUGUAAUGUGUGAGUAGCACGUGUAGGAAUCGAACCUGCGAUGCUGGUUGGGAAAGUUGUUGACUGUUGUUCUUGUUCGUGUGUCACAGUCAUAGAUUUUGGUUUCAACACUCAACAGCAAGAGAGGCCAUUAGAAGCUGCUUCACUUCUUCCUCUUCACCGUUUGUUGCUUUUUGAUGCUUUCAAAGUUCCCAAAAUUAUGAAUAUUCCAUUGUUUUCAUUCUAUAUAUUAUGAUUUCUUGUUGUUGGAUUCACCAUCCAUCCAUUUGGGCAAUAGUUUCUUGUAGUGGUGAGAGAAACAUAUGUGUUCAGUUUGUGAUUUGAUAGUGUCAUUUUUGGAUUGGAUUGGAUUGGAUUGUGGUUUUAUUUUCCUGGAAGUGUUUUCUAUCAGCUACCCUUUUUAGCCUAUUUCUCUAAACUGAUGGAAAGUUUCUCUCUUUCUUGUUUGUUGUUGAUAAUGGAUGUAAAGGGGGGUUAUUUGCUUUGUAGAAUUUAGGUAAUGACUUUCUGGGUGUGGAAGGAAACCCCAAAAUGGAUUUGUGGGUUGUUGCAGCUGUUGCUGGAGCUGGGUGCGAACAGGCUUUCAAACAAUGGUGAUAGCUCAUCUCAAUUGUAUUCCAAUUUUGAUAAUCCUGAUUUCCCACUACAUACCAUAACAUCUAAAGAGGUUUCUUUGGAUAGAAGGGCUUUAGAUGUUGAUUCAGUGGAUGGUCUUUUGGCAACAGAAUUGGCUUCUAUUGAAGGGUUUGAUAGUGAAAAAGUAAGAUGCUUUAGGGAUUGUAAUGAGAGCAAUGUCCUUUCUGUGUCAAACUUUAGUGAUGUUGAAGAUAGAAAUGACCGAAGCUCCAAUAUUGGUGCCAAUUGCGGUUUCCUGCUUCCUGAUUUGUCUGUAGGAGAAUUGGGUUCUUUUGUCCAUAAUCCUGGAAAUAAAACCUUUUUCAAGACUGAGCAUUGGUAUGGGCAGAGUAGUAGUAGUAGUAGUAGUAGUAGUAGUAGUAGUAGUAGUAGUAGUAGUAGUAGUAGUAGUAGUAGUAGUAGGCCUUUAAACUCUUUAGAAAGUUGCCUCAUGGCUCAGCUAUGCAAAGCACAUGCCAAAAUGGAACAAGGUGUGUCAUCAUCAUCUUCUGCGGUGACAAAGUUAUUUCAUGUUAUUGAUGGAAGCCAAAUAAUUAGCAGAAAAGAUGAUGAUGAUGAUUCUUGCAGUGCAUUAAUUGGAAGUGAGGAAUAUAAAUUGCGUGGAGAAGCCGAUCAAGUGAAAGAUGAAAAUGAAUUACUUGGAGUUCCUGCCUCACCAAAAGUUGAAUCUAUUAAUGAUGCCAAGAAGAUGAAAUCCGAUGCAGGCAUUGAGAAGAGUGGAAUUCUGAGCUCUUCCAACAUUGCAUUCACUGAAAAACACAUCCAUAGUCAACAUGAUGCAAUAUUUCUCUUUAGUCUCGGGAUUUCUUUUGGCAUAAUAACUUCCAUCUUGGCAAACAAUAGAGAAAAGGACAAGUUAAGAGAGUUGUUGAAGCAGACUGAAAUCUUGGCUCAAGAUCUACAAGAGGAACUUGAAAUGAAAGAUUCAAUGACUGUGAAGGAGUUACAGAGUGAAAAUUAUGGUUCACAGGAUACAUGUGAUUAUUCCUUCCGUGAUAAGGAGCUAAGUGGAUUUUUUCCUGAAAAGCACACGGAUAACUCUUCAAUAAUUGACUGCAAAAAGUUCUAUGAUCAGAAGGAAGAAGAAAGUUCAGAAUCUAUGAGUAAAAUUGAAGCUGAGCUUGAAGCUGAACUUGAGAGAUUGGGGUUCAAGAUGAAUGAAUCUAGUGAGGAAAGAUCACUCUCCGAGCUUGCUGAGGACCCUGACUUUGUAGCAGAUUUUUCUCAAGAUGAGUUGCCAACUGACAUGAUCAGUGGAAAUGAUUUUGUCCAUCCAAAACUAAAUGAGGAUGCCAACAACACUAAGAGUUUCCCUGUAAACUAUGCUGUUUCACCUCAUGAACUAAGCCUGCGCUUGCAUGAAGUUAUCCAAUCCAGACUAGAGAAACGCGUGCAGGAGCUUGAGGUCGCCCUUCAAUAUAGCCAGAGGAAAUUGCAAUUCGUGGAAUCAGAGCAUGAAUCUCCAGCUGCAUACAUUGACACAUACGAAGAUCCAAUGAAGACAGGAGAGUCAGGAGAAAAUUCACCAUCUAGGAAGCACUGUGGAGCAAAUGGUCCUGUUACAUAUUUCACUUUCAAUGAAGAGAGGUUGUCAAGGGAACUCUCUCCUUGCGAGGUCACAAUGUUGGAAAGGCAAAACUCUUAUGAAUUAAAUGAUGUUGAAGAUUGUGAUUGUGAUUACGAAGUGGAAAGUCAAUUAAUAAGGCAAAUUGUUGAGAGGACCAGGAGAGGUUCUCCUUUCUUCCAAAAUGCACGAAGCAUAUUGUAUUCUAUGGAUGAAGAUGAAUUUUAAUGUCAAAUACGUUUACAUUGCUAUCAUAUAACACAUUACAUUGUUAUAAAAAUAAACUUCAAAUC